AUGCCUUACCUGCUCCUGAACCCAUCCAUGCCAGAGAUAAGGCCUCGAAUGUACCCUGUGUUUUUUGGAGAAAGCAUUGAGGUCAGCCCUGAGCCUGUGCAGGAAAUCAGGUGCAAUUCUGAGGUGAAGUACGACUCCGAGAAGCAUUACCGGGAUGACAUCUUUUACAGCCCCAUCCCCACGGUCACCACCUACAGCGAGACCAUCAUCGCUGCUCCCAAUUGCACCUGGCGGAACUACAAGUCCCAGCUGAUCUUUGAGCCCCGCCAGAAGCCACUGAGGUUUCAGAGCACGACCAUCAUUUUUCCUAAGCGUGCCAAGAACAUUUACCGGACCACCCUCAACUACAGUUUGGGUUGUGCCAAGCGUUGGUUUGCGUCCAGCGUGCAGCUGGAGCUCUGCGAGGAAACCAUCUACAGCGAGACCCUCUGAUCCGCCCUGCGCUGGCGACCGCGGCACCUCGAGGAGGCUGUGGCCUCUGCUGGGGCUCUGGCUGGGCCUGCAUUGGUGGCGACUGAAUAUUAGUGCCUGGAGAACACGUCGUCUUGGGUGAGGCUGAACUGGCUGGGAGAGGCUUGCAGGGCACAGGAUGGUUUUGAUCAGCGAGAGGUUGGCUUGUAUUUUGUGAUGUUCCCGACGUUCGUGAUCUGGAUUUUAUUUUUUUAACCUUUUUUUCCAAAGCAUCUCUACUUUUCUCAAUGUGAAAUACAGACAGAUUUGCACCCUGGGUGCACACUUUCUGGGAAUGAUGAAAUGGGGUUUGGGUGUUGAUAGCAGUGUUUGAGUGAGCUGCUGGUCAGAGAAGUGAAUGCUGUUUACUAUUUAUGUUGAGUGUGUCUUAAAAAAAUGGGAAAGGUCACCAGAAGGCUAAUGAGCAAAAGGAUUUGGAGAGCAAACUGAAGACUGUGUGAGUCUGAU